AGCAACAGAGACUCCAGAGUAUGGAUCCGAUUUCACUUAAGUCAACAGCAGAAGUGCUGGGUACACUAUUUUCAAUACUACUCAUGAUUCCCAAGUCAACAAGUGUACCAGUUUAUACAGAAAGCCCCUCUUGUGCCAACAUCAGUACAUCCAGCUUCUGUAGAAACAGUGAAAAGCUGAGCAGAAACAUGGCAACUUUUCUGAGGGGCAAAACACAGAGCCUCCUACCAACCUAUCUAUCUUUGCAGAGCUCACCAUUCAGUGACAACAAUGGAGACCAGUGGUGCAACAUGCUGGAAGAACGGUUUACCCUUCCUGUGGACAGAGACAUUGGACGGUUGAACCAAAUUCAAAAUGUGCUAGGCUUCAUCAAUGCUAGCCUAUUGGCGAUUGCUGAAGAGCAGGAAAAUCUAAACCCAAAUGUAACAAGUCUGCACAAGGAGCUGAGAAGCAUAGCCAAGCGUACAGUGAGCCUGAUUGCCAGCACUGCUUGCCUCAUGUGUAAACGCUACCAAAUAUUGAUAGCGAUUGAUGUGCCAGAAUUGCGUCGCCCUCCUGGGAUUUUUGAUCAGAAAAGAUGGAGCUGCUCAGUGCUUAAAAGGUCCAUAGGAUUUUUCUCUCCAAAUCUCCUGGCAUGAAAAAUCUCUUUGAUCUCAAGCUUCACUCGACUUUGUUCUAUAAACUGUUGUCUUCACAUGGAUGGAUCCAUACACAGAUUUUGGUACUGGAGUGCAAAACGGAAUUGAGUAGGGAAAUAAGCUCUGAUGAAGUUGUAUUUUAAAAAAGCUGCACAAUGACAGACUAAAUUUUUACAGCUGAAGCACAAAAAGGAUGUAAGUGAACAGUUUUUCCACCAUAGGCUGAAACAUGUUUCAGUCCUUUAAAGGUACAACAUCUUGCAGGAGGCAACUGCUCAACAGUGGUGUGCCCAGUUCCGUAUCUGAAUAUCUGUGACUGAUUCAUAUAAGCAGGGCAAGGGAAUUUUAGAAAACACAGAAGCAGGGUUAUUGGGGGGUGAAGAAAAAAACAAAAAAUAACCAAAAUGUCUAGCCUCAGCUUACACACAUCAGAGUAACGGAGUAUGUCUUUGUUCUUAAUCAAUGAACAUAUUUAGAUAAAUGCAAAACAGAAUGCUAGAAAGUUAAAAAAAAAAAAAAUGCUGAACAACCUAAAGUUACUCUAAUUCCUGAAACUAAACAGAUAAGCUAUAUUUCCAUAUAUUUUUUUUUAACACCAAAGCUGACUGUGAUCACAUUACAAGGCACGUUUUAAAUUAAGUUUAAAUAUACUGACCAUUAACCAGAAUCACAGAUAAAAUGCAAAAUACUGUUGUUCCAAACAACUGGGUGCCAUCUCAUCAUGGUUAACAUCCACCAGAGAAUGAUUCCAUCCAAAUGCAAGGCAGAAUCAAACACAAAAAGAAUAAUCAGUGUAUUUUUAGAUGACUACAAAUAUAGCAGCAUGUAGAAAUAUAAAUUGUUAUAAACAUAAUGCAAUUAUACAGUUAACAAUUCCCUUGCUUGGCACUACUGCUUUGCAGUAUACCAACAAAAAAAACAUACUUCCAGGCAUGUGUAACUAGACACAUUAUUCUAACUGCACGUUUUUUUUAAAGAAUCUGACAUGACUCCACUGGGCCCUUGAGCAAA